UGAAAUUGUUUUAAUCAAAUUAAUUAUCUUCUGUGGAAUGGAUUCUUUUAUACAAGGUAGUAAUGGUCGUGAAAAUUUAUCAAGCAAUGGAAAAAUUUUUGUUCAAAAACUUUACGAUUUUGCAUUUGAUACAAUUACCAAGAAAGCUCUGAAAAUUCUGCCAAAAUUAAUGGUAUUACUUUUUUUAAAUAAAUGUUGGCUCACACGGACGGACUUUUGCUCCCAACCCAAAUUUUUCGUUUAUAUAUUCUCAAAAUUGAUAUACAAUUUUGUGGAUAUUUUUCUAAAUCUCUAG